GUAUCUAGUACUACAUACAUCCAUCCAUACAUCCACAGGCAACCACGACUGACUUGGUAACUACGAUUUCGACUUCGCUUUCGACUAUUUAUGCCCCAGUGCCCAGUACCCAGUCUAGGAAGUAACCAGGGCGAAACUUGGUUUUUCAUAUUCGUUUUCCCUCCUUCUUUCUGCCUUCUUCCUUCUUCCUUCUUCCUUCUCCAUCUUUUCACCAUCACCAUCAUCAUCAUAACCGUCACAAUCGCAUUUACCAUCACCACCCACCAGCAUAACUGUUGUUUCCAAUAACAGUAUUGGUUAAUAUCCCCCUUCUCCGUCUUACUUCCUUGCGGAUUUAUACCUAAUUUAGUUAAGCAAAUAGGUUUCCUCCUUGUCAGUCAUUAUGGAUAAUUCUGGUUCUCAGCAGUCACAGGAGUCCCAUUCGGGACAGCAGCAGUACACAACUGUCGGAUCCGUCUGGCAACCGCAGUCAGUUCCGAUUCAACCACCUUUGCGUCGAGGACGUGCUCUCAAGUCUUCUCUUCCUGAGCCCUACGCCGUAGAACCUUACUCUACCAACCAAUACUAUUCACCUCUGCAGCAGAAUUUCGAUCGAGCUAUUAGUCCCCGUCUGCUUGAUCGCAAUCCACAGAGCAAUAUUGAAUGGGAGGGAAUGCACUAUACUAAACCGGUAAGCAUGUCUGGACCAUAUAACCCGCCCCCUUACCAAAAUCAACCUUAUCGUUUUUCACCCACCAACCCAGCUGCUUUUGGCGAUAAACAGGGCGACCCAGGCUACCGUCGUAGCAACGGGGAUGACCACAUGAAUAUGAACGUAGAGAUUGGCGAUCAAGUCAACAGCCAGCUUUAUCGCAUGUCCACCCAGGGCCUAACCAAUUUAGCAUCGUAUCCCAAUCCCAUGCAGAAAGAAGCCCAAAAAAUCCUUACUAAGGCUAAACAACACCCUUUGUCGAUGCAACACCAACUUUCUGAUUCGGCGAAUGAGCACCGAGUCACAGUUCCUCCGCCUGGCAUAGGCUACAGAACCUCUCGCUCUGAUCCCGUUGCCGCUGAGAACCUACUCCAUUCCGAUCGAGGCGAUGGUUAUAGUCUUCCCAGCCAGCCCCUCCAGCCUCUUCGACCUAAUUACUUGAACACCACCGCGAUUGCUUCUCGAGAGCGUGAUGGCUACCCUAGCAUCCUGUCAAAGGGACCCGGCGCACCUCAGCCCCUCACGGCAGGUCCUCCAGGCCAGCGUCAAUACCAGCCUUCUACAUUUACUCCAAGCACCAGCUCCUCGCAGAAAGGACCCGAGAAGAUGCACGAGUCUGGGUCAUUCGAUGAGAAUCCUCAGCGUUUUCCACAAUUAUAUUAUCCCCCGCUACCAUCCAUGAUUCAUAGCCAAUCACGGCCUCAAUCACAGCGGUCUGUAUUACAGCUUGGUCCUCGGGAGCCUGUUACGUCAAACCAAAGUGAGGAUGUCUCUUCUGGCCAGUCCUCUCUGAUAACCCCCACGAAUGACGAUGAAUACCCCAAAAUCAUUGACACGAUCACCCUCAGAGAAGCGCGCAGGUUCUAUCCUAAUGCAUUUCCCACAGAUUUCAACUAUCGUCCGCAACCCCCCGGUAACUGGGUAGAGGAACGCUAUCAGGAGAUAGAGAAAGAGAAAGGCACAUGGGCUUACCAGAAGACUCCCGAGUUUCAGGCAACCCGCAAGGCGAAUCUCGACCGUGACUUUAAGGCUGGGGACCGGAUGAUUCACACGCCUUUUCAGGUAGCCGUUAUGAAUAAGAAAAACAGAGAGGAGACCGGCGAGAAUGACGAGAAGGGCAAAGAAACCAGGCCUUUCAUUACGCUCAAGGACACUGAACACGUUCCCGAAUACAUAGACGCCAAGCCGCUAUUGAGUGUAUUGUACCAGUCCAUAAUCAACCACCAGACAGGAGGCGCACCACGCACGACUGCUCCCAAGGGAGCCUCCGAGACCCAAGAAGCCCCUAAGGAAGGCGGCUCGCAUUGAAGUCGUCCACAAAGGAUCUCUUCGCGCUUCUGUCCAAGAAGAUUCGCGAUGCCCAGCAUGCUAGUAUGAAUUGGCUAUGAUGCGAAGAAAAAGGGGGUAUAGCAGGAUGGUUAAAACUGGACAUGGAUCAUAACAGACUAAGAAGAAAUAUUGCAAAAGGAAGAACGAAGCAGUUGACGAUAAAUGAUUCGUUUCGGAUGUUUUGAUAGGUCACGGCCAUUCUUCUAUUCUAUCGACUGUGUAUAAAAAGGUCACGAAAGGCAUACGGACUGCAUAACGGCGGCGUUUGUUAUUUGGAAAAAUCGCGCGUUUCGGCGCGUAUCUGCUGUUAUACAUGAGAUGGGAAGGAAGGAGGUUUAAUACCUAUCCAACCUAGGUAGAUAGGGGCGUUGGUUUUUCGUCAUCUCAGCUCAGGAUGGGAGUUUUCGCGUGAUAAUUAACUACUAGUAGCACGGAAGACUUGCUUCAUAAGAAGGUUGCUUUGUAUUUAAGAAGACGCUACCAAUUCGCGUUUUUACCUGCCUUGGCACAUAGGGCCGAUGAAUGAAUGAAGGAACUGUUCAUGUAAGGGAUGGGUUGAUUG